AUGUCCUGCCGCUCCUACCGGAUCAGUCCAGGAUGCGCGGUCACCAGGAACUUCAGCUCCUGCUCCGCUGUGGCCCCCAAAACUGGCAACCGCUGCUGCAUCAGCGCUGCCCCCUAUCGGGGGGUGUCUUGCUACCGGGGGCUGACGGGCUUCAGCAGCCGCAGCCUCUGUAACCUGGGCUCCCCCAGCCACAGCGUCUGUGGAGGCUUCCGCGCUGGCUCCUGUGGACGCAGCUUCGGCUACCGCUCCGGCGGUGUGUGCGGGCCCAGCCCCCCCUGCAUCACCACCGUGUCCGUCAACGAGAGCCUCCUGGCGCCCCUCAACCUGGAGAUCGACCCCAGUGCCCAGUGCGUGAAGCAUGAGGAGAAGGAGCAGAUCAAGUGUCUCAACAGCAAGUUUGCGGCCUUCAUAGACAAGGUGCGCUUCCUGGAGCAGCAGAACAAGCUGCUGGAGACCAAGUGGCAGUUCUACCAGAACCGCAAGUGCUGCGAGAGCAACCGGGAGCCGCUGUUUGAGGGCUACAUCGAGACGCUGAGGCGGGAGGCUGAGUGCGUGGAGGCCGACAGUGGGAGGCUGGCCUCGGAGCUCAACCACGUGCAGGAGGUGCUGGAGGGUUACAAGAAGAAGUAUGAAGAGGAGGUGGCUCUGAGAGCCACUGCAGAGAAUGAGUUCGUGGUUCUAAAGAAGGACGUGGACUGUGCCUACCUGCGCAAGUCAGACCUGGAGGCCAACGUGGAGGCCCUGGUGGAGGAGUCUAGCUUCCUGAGGCGCCUCUAUGAAGAGGAGAUCCGAGUGCUCCAUGCCCACAUCUCAGACACCUCAGUCGUGGUCAAGAUGGACAACAGCCGCGACCUCAACAUGGACUGUGUCGUUGCCGAGAUCAAGGCUCAGUAUGAUGAUGUCGCCAGCCGCAGUCGGGCCGAGGCCGAGUCCUGGUACCGCAGCAAGGUGAGCGCCUAGGACGCCUGCCUCCCGGACGUGACCCGCAUCAUUCAGAGGCUGACGGCUGAGAUCGAGAACGCCAAGUGCCAAAACUCCAAGCUGGAGGCCGCGGUGACCCAGUCUGAGCAGCAGGGCGAGGCGGCCCUUGCUGACGCCCGCUGCAAGCUGGCCAGUCUGGAGGAGGCCCUGCAGAAGGCCAAGCAGGACAUGGCCUGCCUGCUCAAGGAGUACCAGGAGGUGAUGAACUCCAAGCUGGGCCUGGACAUCGAGAUCGCCACCUACAGGCGCCUGCUGGAGGGCGAGGAGCACAGGUUAUGUGAAGGCGUGGGCUCUGUGAAUGUCUGUGUCAGCAGCUCCCGAGGUGGUGUUAGCUGCGGGGGCCUCACAUUCAGCAGCACCCCGGGGCGCCAGAUCGCCUCAGGUCCACCAGCCAUGGGAGGCAGCAUCACCGUCAUGACCCCUGACUCCUGCGCCCCCUGCCAGCCUCGCUCCUCCAGCUUCAGCUGUGCAAGCAGCCGGUCAGUUCGCUUUGCAUAG